AUGAAGACGGUCUUCGUCUUGUGUGGAGUCCUGGCUGUAGUGCUCGGAGCUCCUGAACAAGUGCACAUUGCUUUCUACUCAAGUCCAUGGGACAUUUCAGUCAGUUGGAUCACUUUUGAUGCAGGUAACCUUGAUUGAGGGUUAUGCUCAUAUACUUGUGAGUGCUCUUCAGCUGAACCUUCAUUGAGCUAUGGAACAUCAGCAGCUAACAUGGCCAACAUGACUGGAACCACGAACAGUUGGAUAUUUGGAGGAAUCACGAGACACUCCCAUGUGGUGAUACUGAAAGAUCUGAAGCCAUCUACACAAUACUGUAAGUGAAACUCCUUUGAAGAUUAUCAAAUAUUUUCAAAUUCCAUUCAGAUUAUCAAAUUGAAAGUAGAACUUUCAAUUUCCGAACAUUGCCAGCUAACCUGAAUUCCUAUAAAGUUUGUGUUUUUGGUGAUCUUGGAGUUUAUAAUGGGCGCUCGACUCAAAGUAUAAUCAACAAUGGAAUCGCUGGAAAGUUCGAUUUUAUUGUUCACAUUGGCGACCUCGCUUACGAUUUGCACAGUAAUAAUGGCAAACUUGGGGACCAGUACAUGAACUCUUUGGAGCCAGUCAUUUCUAAAGUGUCGUUUUGUCAAGUGCUCAUUCUUACUUGAGAAGAUUUCAGAUCCCGUACAUGGUAAUUGCUGGUAAUCAUGAAAAUGAUGGCGCAAACUUUACCAACUUCAAAAACAGAUUUGUGAUGCCACCGACUGGAUCCGAUGAUAACCAGUUUUACAGGUAACAGCAAUCUGCAAUUACUCAGAGAAUUUUGGGGAAGGGUGCGGCACGUAGCAAGCGAGCUGCUGCACAGAAUAGCACGGGUGCCGACUCCAGUGGGCACCCGUGCCGUUUUCUGCAGCAACUUGCUUGCUACGUGCCGCACCCUUGCUUGAAAUUCUCUGAGUAAAUGUUAGUUCUUCGUUUCAGUCUGGAUAUCGGGCCGGUUCACUGGGUCGGACUCAGCACCGAAUACUACGGAUUCGAGGAGCAGUACGGGAACGCGUCGAUCUUCACUCAGUACAACUGGCUGAGUAAGGAUCUGGCAGCUGCCAGCCAGAACAGAGCCGCCGUCCCAUGGAUUGCUCUUUACCAACAUCGUCCGUUUUACUGUAGCGUUGCGGAGGCAGCAGACUGUACUCUUUAUGAAAACGUAGUGGUAAGGAAGUUCUUCAUUCUUUUCAUUCACAAUAUUUUGUUCCAGCUGCGUCACGGAGCACUUGGACUUCCUGGUCUCGAACCAGAAUAUAUCAAAAAUUCGGUGGACAUUGGGUUCGCCGGACACGUGCACGCUUACGAGAGGAUGUGGCCAGUGGCUGAUAUGAAGUACUACAAGGGCACGGAAGCCUAUCACAACCCAGUGGCGCCGGUUUACUUCCUCUCCGGAUCCGCCGGUUGCCACUCUUCCGGAAUGAAGUUCAGUCCGUUGCCAAUGCCAUGGAGUGCCCAUCGAAGUGAUGAUUACGGAUACACUAUAAUGACAGUCGCCAAUCUGACCCAUAUUCAUUUCGAGCAGAUUUCGAUUGAUAAGAACGGAGCAGUGAUCGAUGAGGUGUGGGUGAGCAAAGACAUCGGACAUGUUCAUUCGGAAGAGAUGCGCGAGGAAGCCGUUGGUGAACGAUUUUACUGAAAUCAUCAUCAUUCUUAUUUAAUAAAUAGUCAGCGGGGUCUGUCCCUCUGUCUGUUUGUUUUUGUUCAUUCCUUACCCACCUUUUCAUUUCUAAAACAAAAAUAGUCGUUUUCAAAAGUCGUGUUGCAUAAUGUGAACUUUGCUGUUGAUGAUGAUAAUAAAACAAAGAGAACGAACUUAUUGCAAGAUCAAAAAAACAGAACAGGACUGGACAGCAUACAGACCUACUGUGCAAGAUCUUCUAGCACUUCACUACAACAUACAUAGAUACAGUGAUCCAUUCGCUGAUGAUACCAAUCGUCUCGUUGUCUAAUUCACUCCUCUCUCUCUUCCCUACUUAAAUGAUCGUUCUGUCAAUUAUCAUUCGACUCGUAGAUCUCAUCAUCAUGUCACCCACUUCUUUCCUUCUUAUUCUCUCUAUCUUCAAUUCAUGUUUUGCCUACAACAUUCUGGUUUUCUCUCCCGCAACCAGCAAGUCCCACUUGAUAUCAAACGGAAGAAUUGCGGACGAACUCGUCAGAGCCGGCCACAAAGUGGUGAGUCAUUCUAUAGAAGAGGACAGAAACCAAAAGUGUACAUUUUAGACUUUGCUCGAAAUAGAAUUUCUCCGAAUAUCAGAUACUACAAAGAGUGCCGAACUCGUGAAUAAGACAAUAGUCAGAGAUUUGAAGGGAGAAGCUCAUUUCAAGAGAGUUCUGCUCAGUUUCUCGGAAAAUGUCAUGGAAGAUGGGAGUAUUCUCGACGAUUUACAAAUACAAAAUUCCUGGCAUGGCGCGUACAUUGAUCUUUGUGAAGGUCGGUGUACAGUUCUUAUCUACAUGCCGGAAAAGGUUCAAAUUCAGAGUUUUUGACGAGAGACGAUGUGUUCAAUGAACUCAAAGCCCAAAACUUUGACGGAUUUUUCGCAGAACAGCUCAAUCUUUGUGGAUUUGGAUACGCGAAAGCGCUGGGAAUCGAGCGGAGGUUCCUCAUUUCCAGCUGUCCGUUCUUCGCUCCUGUCUAUGAUUUCACCGGGCUCCCCGCUCCGCUAUCUUCGGUUCCGUUCGUCUCCGACAUGAGUCCGGUGCCGACCUAUCUGGAAAGAGCCAAAUCGCUGCUCGCCGGAGUGGCUCAUAACAUCCUGUUCCGUGUUUUGAACAGCCGAUUGACAACAAUAUUUCAGAAAAAAUACGGGUGAUUCAUCAUUGAUCUUUUUGUUUUCUCAAAUCUGUUUUGUGUUUAUUGUAGGUCUGACUUCCCAUCCGUGACGGAAAUCGCGCGGGACGUCGACAUAAUCUUCUUGGCUACAGAUGAAAUUAUUGACUUUUCGGCGCCAACUCUUCCGAAUGUGGUGCACAUUGGAGGACUAGGAGUCGAUUACGACACAUCCGAAAUGGACCCGGUGUUCGAAAAGGAAAUGAAGAAAGGCGAGAAGGGAGUCAUAUUCUUCUCGUUGGGAACCAUCGCAAACACCACUAACAUUGAUAAAAAGGUUAUGGAAUCAUUGCUGAACAUUGUGAAAAAGUUCCCGGACUAUCAUUUUCUGAUUCGAGCCGACAAGUAUGAUAGGAAUACGAGGGAGAAGGCGAAGAUGAUCUCCAAUGUGUUCGUGUCCGAUUGGCUCCCACAGCCUGCCAUUUUGCGUGAGUGAACGCCGAAUUAAAACUACAUUUCAAAUCAUUUCUGCAGAUCAUCCGCGCCUCCGCACUUUCAUCACUCACGCCGGCUACAACGGCCUCGUGGAAGCGGCGCAAGCCGGAGUUCCGCUCAUCACCAUCCCCUUCAUGUUCGAUCAGAACCAGAAUAGUCGAGCCGUCGAGAAGAAGGGCUGGGGGAUCAGAAGACACAAGAAGCAGCUGCUGACGGAUCCGGACUCCAUCGAGCAGGCCAUCCGAGAGAUGCUCUCCAACCCGAGCUACACGAGACAGGCCCACCGGAUCCGUGAUCUGAUCAAGAGCAAGCCGUCGGGAGCGCGUGAAAGAUUCAUAAAAACGACAGAGUGGGUGCUUCAGAACGGCGGCGUGCACGAGUUGCUUUCGGAGAGCCGCAACCUGAACCUCGUCACUUUCUACAACUUGGACAUAAUUCUCCCCGUACUUUUCGUUCUCGCAUUUUUGAUUUUCCCACUCCUGGGGCGUUUGUACUAUUUCAGUUGUUUCGGGUACAUUGAGAUCAAGUCAAACGAGAUUGAUUGUGAAAAUGAAUAA